GAUGUUUGGACACAGCUGACCGCUGCCUGCUAGAAGAAAUCAAACCACCAGGCUAGGCUAGCAGGACAGACAGUUAGCGGCGCAGAGAGCAGCGGGCAGCGGAUGUAAACUCAGGGGGGACCGCGGAGACAACAAAACGGCCGGGGCUAAACCUCCAGUGAUGCGGACGUUGAGUGUCGUCUCACCGCAAGCUAACGUUAGCUUUGUCCCGACACACAGGGACUGAUCUCUGUGGCAAAGACGACAGAUAACAAGGCGACAUCAACAGGAACGGGUUAGCUUAGUUUCAAUGUUAUUGUUAAUUAAACCCCACAUAUUAUGGUCACGAUGUCCUACUCUGGAAACCUGGUUUGGGAUGUAAAUAAACGUUUAAUUGGAUACAACGAGCCCAACAUCAUCAGGAGCAACUAUUUAGGUAGAAAAGAAUUUGUCCAGAGACUUAAGCUUGAAGGGACACUGAAUGUUCACGAUGGCUGUGUCAACACUAUAUCGUGGAGCGACACGGGUGAAUAUCUCUUGUCGGGGUCAGACGACACCUUUUUGGUUAUCUCCAACCCGUACAACAAGAAGGUGAGUCGUGAUCAAUACAAUUCAGAUCAGAUUAGAUAA